ACUUCUUUAUUAUUGAAUCAUGUUUACUCAUAAUAAACGUAUAUUCCUUCAGUUAAAUAGAAGAAACUUGACUGCUCCUAGAAGACUACUUUUAUCAACACCAUUUACCCGAUUUAAUUCUUCUUAUAAAGUCCAUUUAAAUAAUACUACUGCGGCAACUUCAACGGAUAGUACUACAACGAAUGAAGAAAAGCCAACUACUACUACUACAGAUAACAAUAAAGAGUCUUCUCAAAUAAGCAAUAAGAUUCCCUUUGUGCCGGUCAUCAACAUUCCAGAAACUGAAUUUGCUUAUAAUAGCUUCUUUUCACUUCAUAGACCUUUAUUGGGUCUUUCUGAUGAUCAAGAAAAACCAUUCUUUCCGAGUCAAUCUUCCUCAACACUAAGUUUAGAAGAACAAGAUCAAGAAAAAUUGGACACUAUGUUGGUAGAUCACUUGAUGAAUUUACAGCAUUUUGUAGAGCCAUCACCACCUGAUAUUAUGAAUACUACAGUCGAACAAGUGAAAAAUGAAGGGAUUGAUUUUAGUAUAGUAGAAGAAGCAGAGGAGAUUCUAUUAAAUGAAAAUAAUGAACCAAGUUUGCCUAUAUUCUAUAUGCCAGAAAGUAAUGAUGUAUUAGACUAUUUAACAGCUAUAGAAACUAGAAUGAAAAAAGAACAUGCUAAACUAAAAGCAGAAGAAGAUGCAAACCUGUUGAGACUAAAGAAAUCAGAAAUUCUUGAUAGAGUAAGACGAAGAUCGAUUCCAAGGUUUUAUGUAACAAAACAAGAUACAACUCAACAAUUAAACAGUGAAAAGGCUAUAUUUCACAACACAGUUUUACUAGUACAAAUACCAAAUAAUCGAACUCAUUAUUAUCCUAACCAUUUUAUUAAAAAAAAGAACAAGAGACCAACAUCAUUAGCAUUAGAGACUACUUCAAAAACAUCUUUUAAUAAUCAUUUAUUAAAUGAUAGUCUAUUUGUUUCUACACAAAAAUCAACAAAACAAAGUCAUCAACCUGACUAUUUUUAUAAUAUGUCAAAUCAACCAUCUUCUCAUGAUAUUAUGCCUCUAUCUUCUUUAUCUCCAACCUCUGCUUCUUUAUCAAGCGUACAUAAUUUAUCAGAAUAUGGUAUUGCCGCUGUUGCUACUACUCCAACAAUAAUAACGCAAGCUCAAUAUCAUCAUGAUGAUGAACUACCUAUUUGGGCAGAUCCUAUAAAAGUAAAAGAAAACCCAAUUCAAUAUCAAAAGACAAUCUCUUAUUUACGACAACGACAGAUAUCCCUUCAGUCAUCUUUACCACUUGCUAAAGCUUGCUGCUUUUACUUUAAUGAAUAUAACAAGCAUAAUAAUUAUGUUUCGAAUAUGAAAAAGAUAUUUGAAUUUGAGACUGUCUGGAGUUUCUCUAGUCAUUGGAUGACUUACUCAAGGAAGCCAUCUCAAUUAAAAUCGAAUCAAAGCCUAUUUUGCUUUAUUCGUGGUGUAGAACCUAUGUGGGAGGAUGAGAUAAAUAAAAGAGGAGGUCGACUUGUGAUGACGAUUUUUAACACAACCCUUUUAGACUAUAUCUUUGAGACCUUACUUUAUGCCUUUAUUGGAGCCAAUUUAUAUGAUGAUGGUGUAGUAGGUAUUAUUGUAUCAAAGAGAUACAAAGGCGAUAGGAUUGAAAUAUGGUUCGAUGAAACAAUGAAACAAGAAAAUAUAUUCAUGUUCAAAGAAAAACUAAAUAACAGCUUAUUGGCCAAUAACUGCUAUAAUGAAAUUAAAGCAAGUCGAUAUAGAAAGCAUUUUUAUUCAUAAUAAAUAA